CUUCCAGACUCUCCAUCUUCACUCCCAUCAUUUUCUCGCCCUGUAACACCCCACGCAGACUCUCCAUCCGACCCGAUCAUUCGUCGUUCCCGUUCCCCUCCCUCAUCAUCAGACGAACCAUUCUCCUUAUCACACAAAGCCGCCUCUCUCCUCGGUCUUCAACCCGGUACUCUACCUCAUGCCCGAGCAUCCCUGGAGAAUGCUCGUGAUGAAGUCAGACGAACCGCCGAAGUAUCCAGCGAUUCCGAACUGCCUGCAUUCGAAGGACCUAGUAAAAGUAGGAUGGCAAGAGCGAGAAAAGUGAUGAGUGUCGUGGGAGUCGUCGGACACAGUAGGACGCCCAGUGUUGUGGUUGGUUAUGGGAAUGAAGAAGAGAUGAAGAGAAGGGAAAGAAGGAGAAAAGCUGCUGAUGGGGUUUUGUAUUGGCAAAAGGAAGUGGAAAGGUUAGAAGCGGAGGAGAAGAGGUUACAAGGGACUACGAAGAGAAGACGAUAA